AUGCGGCGGGCUCGCGAGACAGCGGAAGUGAUAGCAGCAAAACUUGCUGCUGCUGCUGCUGCUGCAGAGCGCCCAGGUGUACCUACAGAUCAAGACCCGCUGCUGGCAGAAGGAGUCCCAGCAAUGCCGCUGCCUCCCUCCACUGUCUUCAAGCCUACGCAGGAAACUGUUGACAAGGACAGCAAGCGAAUAGAGGAAGCGUUUCGAAGGUAUUUCUACAGAGCGGCGGGGCCUGACCAGCAGCAGCAGCAGCAGCAGCUCCUGCUGCAGCAGCAGCAGCAACAACAAGAAGCAGCUGCAGCAAACAGUAAAGUUUCCACAAGCGGCAGCAACAGCGCCAGCAGCAGCAGCAGCAGCAGCAGCAGCAAGCCGCCAACUGAAGAGUACAGCAUCAUUGUGUGUCACGGCAACGUGAUCCGAUACUUCUUUUGCAGGGCGCUGCAGCUGCCGCGCUGCGCGUGGCUGCGGCUCGCUGCAGCAAACUGCAGCAUCUCGUGGCUGUCGGUGGACAGCAGAGGUUUUGUGUCUGCG